UACUUUAAGAACAUUGGUUAAGGAGUAAAUAAAAGAAACUUAUAGUGUAAUAAAUACUUAGUUUUCUCAUACAAACUUACUUCAUUUGAUUCUUUAACCAAUAUCAUAACAGCAAUUGUUAGGAUUCUCCUUUCAAACUCUCCUUGUCUUUCCAUCUUCCCUUUUCACACUUUGAUAAACACUUAUAUAACAUUUAAACAAUCUUCUGCAGCUCUUGCACAUAAUCUUCUUCUUAACUUUAACCACUUUUGAGAACACAAUUCUAUGGAAAACAACAACAGUUCAUCAAGCUCUUCUGUGUGCACCAAAAUCCGUCAAGCCUUUACAACCAACCCUGCUGUCCGAGCCAUCCAACGCAUCUCGAGCUUCAAUCAAGAACACAAACAUGUCACCAAUGUUUCAAACUCUCCAUCAUCAACCCCUCCUAAGACUAGUAGUGUCAAAACCAAACCACAUCAGAAGGCUCAAACAGAAACAUCAUCAGAAGCAAUCCCUAUCAAGUUUCAUGAUUCAAAACCUACAUACAAAGAGAAUGGAAACUCAUCAACAGUUUCAAGUGUAGCAAAGGGUGCUUCAACUCAUGUUGGAAAUUCAGAAAGAGCAACAAAAGUUUCUGCCCAGGGUGAACUAACUCAACCACAACAUGUUCCUCCCAUGCAAAGGAAACCAACAACAAAAGCAGUGGCACAAAAUGGUAGUAAUCAACAAGGUCAGGAAUCAGUGGAUAUUAAUGACACUUUCAGAGAGUUCAUUCAACGAGCUAAGAAAAAAAUCCGAACUGUGUCGAAUAUUGGUCGCGAUCAGAACAACAACCCUGCAGCUGCACCAGAUCAUGAUGUGCAUCAUGCUGCUGCUGCUACUGGCAAAAAUGAAGACCAUUUUCAGGACUUUAUUCAACGAGCUAGGAAGAAGAUUAGAGCAACAACCACUGUUGGAAAGACUGGUUCCGUGAGAAGAAAUUAAGAAUAUGAUUAUUGAAAUUGGAAGUGUCAGAAAAAGAAUAUUGAUUAGUAUGCUGGUAUUGGUAAAGUGUUGUGUUCUGUAACUAUUAUUAUCUAAUCUAGGUAGCUGAGUGCAGAUAAAAAUAAGGUCAUAGCUAUCAUGGUUUGUAAGUCCAAUAUUUAUUUCAUAUCUCAUAUUUGUGCUAAAUUAAUAGUCCUGAACUAAUGGAUUUGUGAAAUUUUAUGCACACAAUAUGUCAUGUUAUUAUUGAACUGGCUAAUUCAACCAAGAAUUACUACUAAA